AUGAACCGGCAUGUCAAAAGUGGCACAUAUCCCUAUAUCCUAACCCUAACCCUAACCCUAACCCUAACCCUAACCCUAACCCCUAACCCUAACCCUAACCCUAACCCCUAACCCUAACCCUAACCCUAACCCUAACCCUAACCCCCUAACCCUAACCCUAACCCUAACCCUAACCCCCUAACCCUAACCCUAACCCCUAACCCUAACCCUAACCCUAACCCUAACCCCUAACCCUAACCCUAACCCUUACCCUAACCCUAACCCUAACCCUAACCCUAACCCCUAACCCUAACCCUAACCCUAACCCCUAACCCUAACCCUAACCCUAACCCUAACCCUAAUACUGACCCUAACCCUAACCCUAGGGGUCACUUGAAACCUAACCUCAGGAUUAAGAUAAAUAUAUCAUGCAUUAAAAAACAAUCAGUGUUUAAAGGGUUAACAUAAGAUAAAUAUAUCAUGCAUUAAAAAACAAUCAGCGUUUAAAGGGUUAACAUUCAGAAACUAAAUAGAGUACAAAAUAACACAAAUUAUCCAAGAAAAUUCAGUAAAUUAUUUCUCCAAGGGUAUAAAAGGGAGAGGGGAACAGGGAUAAUUUCAUUUUUAUUUGGCUGCCUGCUGGGGUAACCCCUAUGAAUUGGGGCCCAGCAGCCAUUUUUUUUUUUUGUGCGCAUGACCUGAUGAAGACCCAAGUAGGGUCGAAACGUCGUCGACGCGCACAAUGUAUGUACAUAGUUCAUGUGUGAUCAUGUAUUGUUUGUUUGUUUGUUUGUUUGUUUGUGUGUUGUGUAUAAAAACAAAAAAAUCCUAAAAAAAAUGGAAAAUAUUUAAAAACAAAAACAAAAAUCCUAAAAAAUUGGAAAAUAUUUAAAAACAAUAACACAACACAUUAAAACCAAGUCAACAACAACAUUUAUUAAGCACAAGUCGUGUUUCCUGGGGGACCGGGGGAGCGUGUCCAGUGGGCGAAGGCCCGUGCAUUCCCCGCUCCCCGCAGACCCAAGUAGGGUCAUUCUAGGGGAGACGGGAUUCUUUCCCAAACCUAACCCUCUCGUCAACAACGCUGUGCUCGCUCUGUCUGAGCAAAGCAACAAAGUCUUUGUCUUCAUCGAUCUGAUGUCUGACAGUCAGUCAGCUCUCCCGCAGGAGUUGCAAAGAAAAUACGUACUGACUCGGCAGGUUGGCACAGGGGUGUGUGGUGAAGUAAAACUAGCCUUCGAGAGAUCCACCUGCAAAAAAUUUGCAGUGAAAAUAAUAAACAAGAAGAAUUUUCAGUCUGAAGGGACAGCAACGCGAAAUGCGGAGACAGAGAUUGAAAUUCUGCAGCGAGUGAACCAUCCUUGCCUCACAAAGACAGAAGACUUCUAUCAGACAGAGGACAGCUACUACAUUGUCUUGGAGCUCAUGGAAGGAGGAGAACUUUUCCAAAAGUGAAGUCCCAGGGGCAGCUGAAGGAGUCAAUCGCCAAACUUUACUUUUACCAGAUGCUGAGAGCCGUCCAGUACCUCCACACCAAUGGAAUAAUCCACCGAGACCUGAAGCCAGAGAACAUCCUGCUGUCCUCACACAAUGAUAUCUGUCUCAUAAAGGUUACGGACUUCAACCAGGAUAGGAGACAGGAGGUGCACGGUCCAUCCCCCUGUUCCCCGUCCCCCACGACCCCGUUUGGUAUUGCUGAUUAUUAGUGCGGUACGGGCGUCGACCACGCCUUUUCCCGUACCGCACUUCAGUCCAGUCUUGUUGCUCAUAAUUCAUGAUUGUUUUUAAUCUUUUUAAUUAUUUAUUACUAUUUAUUAAUGUACUGUAUUUAUUAAACUAUGUAUUUAUUUAUUUGUGUAUUUAUCUAUCUAUUUAUUAAUCUAAUGAAAUGAAAAAAUAUUUAAAACAAAAACUGUAUAUAAAAAAUGAAUUGUUCUUUAAUUUUUUUAUGCUUUUUUUGUUGUUUUCUGAAAUCAAAAUGAAAUAAAAGAAAGAAAACCAAAUAAAAUGCCUAUGAGGAGGAAGAAAUAAAGAAAAGGUGUGAUAAAGAGUGCCCAGUUGCAACGUUUCGACCGCUGUGGGUCUUCUUCAGGCUAUGGGCACAAAAAGAAACAUGUCCGGACUUGUCUGAGUAUGUCUGUGAGAUGUUUGCUCUUCAGGACACAUAGGAGAAGUGGGAGCCUCCUAACCUUAACCCUAACCCUAACCCCUAACCCUAACCCUAACCAUUAGAGGCAACUUAAUGACCAACGGCCAAGCAGGCCACAGAGGUCAAAGGUCAAGCAGGACCGUAACCC